UACUUUUAAUUUUACAGAUAAACAAAGGCAUCAUGCACGCCAAUGGGAGUGGCGGCAUGAUUAAAACAAUAGCUCCGAGGCCGUCAACGCUGGCUGGGGUAAGCAGUGUGUCUAAUCCAGUCAAAUCAUACUGCUCUGUUGGGGGUCAAGUGAGGUCACCACCCAAUGUUACGUUUCAUACUAAGAUGAUUCCGUCGUCCAACACCCCUCAGGGCCUGGUGACACACGGAGCUCUGGGGAUUCUAGCUACCUCACAGGCUGGCGUUGGUCGACCGCAGGCGAUGAGUGCUAUGGGGGCCUCCGGUCUUACCACCGUCGCCGCCCCCACCCAAACCCUGGGUACCAUUCGGCCGACUACAGGACAGAUGCUUAUGAUGACGCCUUCGGGAGCCAUGCAGGCGUUACCCCGAGGAGCCAACACAGGUGUGGUGAGCACCGCAACGGCCGUCCUUCCUGUUGCUCAGGGGAGAGUUGUCCGAGCUCCGAUUGGUGGAUUGACCUCUGUAGUAUCAGCGACCGGGACCUUGUUAGGCACCCAGAGAUCAAUGUUAUUACAAAACGACAAGGCAAUCACAGGCACCACGGCAGCACUGCAGACUCCACUGACCAGCAGAGGAAGCGGCGUCAUUGAUCUCACCGACGAGGAUGAAGGCAAUAGAAUAGGCCAGCCGGCAACCAUGGUGCCUAAACCCGGCACUCUGAUGAAGGUGCCGGCCUCAGGGACAGCCCAGCUACUGCCCAUACAA